CUUCGUGCAAUUAACAUGAGACUCUCCAUGACUCUGUUACGAAGAUGCAGGUUACCGUUCGUAGACGCCCGUUUAUGCUUAUUUCCGCAAUGUAGCCGUGCUGUGCCAGAGGUGAUUGUUGAUCUUUGCUUUCUGCAUAUAUUGCCUUGACGCCUCUGCGGUUCCAGAGAUCUAAUUUUCGAGACAAUGCGAAUCGUGGCUAACCUUACGUGAGUUUGUUCUCAAGCUUCUUAGCUCUAGUGGCUCCUUCUGUCGCUGUGGUCUGGAUUGUGUCCUGAGUGUCCCGAAACGGAGCUUUAGAUUUUGGGAGUCUGGUCAAGUUGUGUGCGCGUGGAAUCUGUUUCUGUGUCUUUGCACCAGGAGCCAGUGUCGAGUUAUCUGCGAGAAGGUGAAUCUCUGAAUUUGUCAUUGCAUAGCGGUUCUGUUUUCGACCCCUUGUCCAGAGCGCAUCUCUCAUCGGUGUUGUUGGAGUGGAACUCUCGCUCAGUCUGCAAUUACGGACGUACACUCCGUUCAGGUCUUCGAGGGUGAGAUUGUCGGCAUUUGUCCCUCUCCAAUCCUGAGGGCACUGAUAUUAACGGGUCACGUCUCAGCUUUUCUCGCCCUACAGUUUAUUCGUUGGAGACUCAAGAUGGUUGGAUUAAACCCUGGUAAGUUUUACGGAAGGCUUCUGCCCCGCCCGCGUAUUUAUUGUGAUGUGAAGUUUAGCGAUGCCCGAGUUGAUCCCCCGCAAUCUGUGAAUGCCGCUCUUUUGGAGUGGGCGGGUGAAGCAAGCUGGAAGAUGGGGGGUACAGCCGCAAAGCGCAAACGCAUGAGUGGAAAAAUUGAAGGUCGUAUGAGCAAGCUGCGGGCUAUGGAGGAAAGUGAUGAUGAGGAAGUUGUGGUACAAAAAGAGACGAAAGAGAAUAAGCACUUUUCUUCUGUGAAGAAGUCACCUGGGACUGUGGUAGAGAAAGCUGAGACACCUAUUGAGAAGAUGUUGUCAAUCCCGAAAUCCAAACAGAACGCGGCGACUCGACGAUCAACACCAAGAAAACCUGAGAACAGAGAGGAGAAAGAGACACCGGUGGAUAAGCAGAAGCCCCGCCGGAAUCGGAAGGAACAGAUGAUUCAGGAUAGCGACUGUGACAGCGAUGAUGAAACAGAAGGACAUGUGCACGGUGUAGAAGCUAUCCCAACCACUCCCACCCGAGUUACGAGGGGAAUGGCUCGACUAGCAUCCUCACCUCUGACCCCUCAGUCGAGGAGAGGCGUUAGCACUCUCAGUUCUUUGCGAACCCCGACAUCCCAUAAGCGCAAGCACAGCGGUGAGGACCUGAAUUCGGAUACAGAUGUUCAAUCAGAACUCUCCGAUUCCCUAAUACUCUAAAGUCUUUUUUUCCUGUCGGAGCGAGCAGGCCGUCCAAUCUGUGUUCCCACCACACCAGAUCGGAUUGUUCCCCCUGAUCGUGAAUCAAUUGGCCGCUCUAGAGGCGGAAGAAGGAUUGCAGAUGCGUUAUUUUGAUGUUAAUACCGACAACCAGACCUCCUGGUUAAUUCUCUCUCGCAUCUGGAGCGGCUGGGUGAUGAAGCCUCACUCCCUCAUGCCUCGGACAAGCACUUUUCACUUCGAAUGCUAGUGCAAACCCACGGUGACGUUAGCAGCCUUUGGGUAUCUUUUAAACGUACAUAACCCUUUCAGGGCCCAGGACAAUGCUGCUAGAUCUUCGGCUAGAAUAGAUGCGUCUCACCUAGAACAUCUGCUCUAAAAGGUGCAGAAGAUGUUUAUUUUGAUAUCUUUUUGCACAUCCAUAUCCGAUAGACGUAUGUUUCCUCUGUACAACUUCAGUGCAGAGGCUGUCAAUUGUUUUCAAUUUCUGUAGGUCCUUUGAAAGUCAGUCACCUUACAUUCAGUAGCACUGGACGAAUAGCAGAAGCGAACUGCAAAAUCGUAGUCCAGUGUAAAGUAGACAUGCGUUGCGGUGGACAGGUGCAAUUAUUGUAGCACCAUGACGGUGAAGCGAAUAUGUUUUCAUUCAGCAGAGUGUACACAGUAACAAUGUUCAAGUGAUCACCUUACACUAACACAGUUCCAUUGUGGAAAGAUGAAAAUCUUGUCCAUCAAUCAUUGCA